GGCACUCAGCUUGAUGAGGAAGAUAUAGCUAUUCUCCGGCUGUUUGCCCUCAAAGUCAAGACACAUAUGAAGACGGGUGCAUUCGAGAAACUUCCAUAUGCAUUUCCAACCCAGGAUGUACCGUCGUGGAAGGCUACUCAGUCGCGAGCUGCCGUUCUCUCCGCACUAGACCCGGUAUUGUAUGACUGCUGUACCAACUCCUGCUGCUGUUUUGUUGGACCUCAUUCAUCCCUCGAUGCCUGUCCUUAUUGCAAACAACCGAGAUAUGAUGUCGCCGGCCGUCCACGAUCACAAUUCCCUUACCUACCGCUUACUCCACGCCUCAAGGCAUUCAUGGAAUUCCCAGCCACAGCAGAACAGAUGCGAUAUCGUGCACAUGAGCACUCGCAUACUCCUGGCACGAUGACUGACAUUUUCGAUGGAAAUCUCUACCAACAACUCUGUCGUACCCGUGUCUCAAUUCACGGUCGAGAUCUUGGCCAUAACUUCUUCUCCGACCCACGGGAUGUUGCUCUUGGACUCUCGUCCGAUGGUUUCGCACCUCACAAGCGGCGGAAGAAAACG